GCUUCAGCCCCGGAUAGCGGGACAUGCUCGCCCAUUCAGUUAGCUGCACCGGGGCCCAUAGAACGGUUGGGGACGCAAAUGCCAGCCGAUAAUGUAUCGUCAAACGGUCCCCCUCCUCGCACUGGUUUUAACCGUGCCGCCCCUGCUGUCCGCCGUUUUGCGGUGUGUCCAGGUACGAUACUGGAGCAUCCCACUGACACUCCGGCUGGUCGAAAUGCGUGGACUUGGUAGCCAAGGCAAUACGUCUGGUUCUCCUCUGUGACGAGGUCGAGAAGCAAGGGUCGCCCGUGUUCCACCUGGUGCGGCGGUGCUCGCGCUCGGCCAUGUCCGUGGUGGCGCAGGCCAACGUCACCUCCCGAGGCCGGUGCGCUGACCUGGCGGCUUCGCGCCGAGGGCUGGCCUUCAACUACAGUCCGAGAGACGCGCCCCGCGGCGACGGCCAGUUCAGCAGCUCGUGCCUCGUGCUGGACUGCCCCGAGUUCCAGGAGCUGUCGUCGCUCCAGCGCGACGAGGCCUACGACUACUACAGCCUGUUCACGGAUCCUAUGCCCCAGGUAGGCUGGUCCUGCGUGCCCGGGGUGGGGCUGUUCCGCGUCCGAGGGCUGUCGACGGGGCCGGAGCGGGCCAACUAUUCGGCGGCGGGGGACCAGUGCCGCGAGGACAGCGGCGAGCUCGCCCACGUCCUGAGCGAGGCCAGGACGGCGGGGCUGGCCGCGCUGCUGGCCGCCAAGGGCCUGGACGCCAAGAACCGCACCGUCGGGCCCGUCAACAGGGCCUACGUGAACCUGGACGACACGGCCAAGGAGGGGCUCUUCGUCACCUCGUCCGACGAGCCCCUCGACUGCUUCCCGUUCAGGGCCUGGGCGCCCGGGGAGCCGCGCCACCGCCUGCCCACCGACGAUUGCGUCGUGCUGGAGCGGCGCCCGGCCGGCGGCUCCUGGGCCGUCACGGACUGUCGCAAGAGGCUGCCCUUCGUCUGCGAGCUGUACCCGGGCCCCGGCGGCGAGUGCGACGAGGACGACUCGGCGUGCCGGUCGCUGCGACGCCUGCAGGGCAGCCCGGAGGACCGGUGCGAGGGCUGGGACAUCCUGGCCGUGCCGCCCGCCCAGCCCACCACCACAGGGGCGCCCAUCACACCCGAGUACCCCGACGACGACGACGACGAGGGGCAGCAGGGCGGCGCGGGGCAGGGGGAGGGCGACGAGGACGAGGAUGACGACGGCGAGGACGGUCGCGUCUCCAAAAGGUCGGCGCCCGUGAGGGGCGCGCUGUGAGAGGACUGGCACCGGGGUGGUGAGAGAGGGGGGGGGGCAAACUCAUUUCAAACUUUCAUCGCCCCUCGCCUCGCCUCUUGCUAUCAAACUGCUGCAGGUGGGGAUUCGCACCGCCGUAUACCGCAGAUCCCCCAGAACUUUUCUCGCCGCUAUAAUGCUUUGGUUUCGAGCAUUUCCACGCUCCCGCUAAAGACUACCGUCCUUUUCGAGCGCGACCUAGACCGUCGAAAGGAUUUUGAGACGCCAGCAGGGUGAUUCCGCACACCGCACGUGGAGGCUAGCUCCCUCGCGCGAGGGACUUCUCUC